CGGAAGUGUUCCUGUUUUUGUUGCCAUCAGGUGUGUUUCCACCUUGACGCGCAGGUACACGGAAUUGGUUUAAAACUCACCUGAAACGGACAUUUUUUGCGCGAUAUUCAUGUGAGGAGUGGCUCAGAAUGGAUCUAAACAGAAGUCUUUUAUGACGGGAGAAGAAGACGGUGUUUAUUCGGGAGCCGGUUGGAGGACUCACCGUGUUUACUAUUUCUUGAGCCAGUAAGUCAUGUCAGCCGGCAGCACUGGCAGUCUGAGACACAACUCAGGAGCUGGAAGCCACAAACAUGGACCCAGCCGCAGCAGCAGCAGCCAGAGGUCGUCUUACGAGGAGCGAUGUGUGGAUCCAGUGGAAGACAGGCUCCCGACCCCAGAGCCGAAGACGGUCCACAGAGCUCACCUGAAAGAUGCCAACGGAAAGGAGUCUGAGACCAUCGGCUUCAUUCCUGGCUCGGCCGACCCUCCCUCUGCGACGCAAACCUGCAAUCCGUGCGCUUCUCAGAGGAGCUGCAGGACCUUCGUGUGCAGCGUGCUCACAUGCGGCCUGUAUAGGGUGUGUGAGCGUUCCAUCCUUGCUCCGUGCCUGGCACCAAAUGAGAGCUCCACAGACGAACCAGAGAGAAUCAGCCUCCGUGCUGUGAACCCAGAAGACAAGAAGGAAGAGGAUGCAACAGACUGGCUGGGGGAUGUUUGCAUAGGUGGAGUCAAAGUUGACAGUCCGAGAGUGUAUUUAGAUGCUGUAGAGAAACCUCCGUCAUAUGUUUCUCCACCCAGCAGCUACACACGACCCAACCAGCCGUCCCUGCACGAGUCCAUGAGAUUUGACGACUGGGAUGAUGCCGAAGAGGACGUGGACUCACUGAUCACCAAGAAGCUGCUGGAGCUGUACUCCGAAUAUCAGAUCGAAGAGUUGGCCAGGUGCACGUCAGACUCUUUGUUUCUGAGGAAGAGCAAAGCCAUCAACCAUCUCAUCAACUCACUGGCGGAGGAGCACCAAAUGGGCGAGCAGGAGGUGGAGUGUCGGCUUGUGCGCGGAAUCAUCCGCAUCAGCACUCGGAAAAGUAGGAGGAAGCCGGCCGUCUCCAGGAGAGAGAGGACACUGUCGGACAGCGGGAACGAGACGAUGAAGGAGAGCGAUUCCUAUACCUUCAGCAACAACAAUGACUACAAAUCAAACCCAAACAUUCAAAUAUCAGAGCUGACCUCCUCUGACCAGCAUGCCAGAGAUAUGUGGAGGAACAAUGGAGGCCACACUUCCAGUUCUCCUACAGCCUACUCCUCCGCUCACACAGGGACUACUUCUUCAGGUGUGCCACUUCUUCAGACCUCAGUGAGAACAUGAUUCCUGCGCCACACUUGGCCUCCUCUGCUUGAGUUGUUUGUCUCGCUGUGUCUACAAGGUCACGUACGGGAAGAGGAAAACCUUGCACAGGAGUCUCUAGCUGAGCCACGCUCUCUCAGUGUGGCUCUGCUGUGGGGGAAAGAAAAUGUGAAAUAUUCACAUUAUCUGAAGGACUUAAGUGAACUCAGGGAUCUGUGUGUAGAUAUUUAUAGUUGAUAAAUAUAAUGUAGGAGUGUAUAAUGUUUGAAGGAUAGCUUGAUUGAAGGCUUGCCCUGCUGGCAGAUAUUUGAACAUGAUUAACCGUCCCCUCGUCCUUGAAGUUAUGCUCAUGAAACCUGACCUGUUCAGACCAUUAGCUGUUGUUCUGAAAGGACAUGUGGAUUUAGUUCUGUAAGAUAGAAUAAAAACGUGUUUGGCACAUUUCAUUAUCUGAUCGUCACUAUAGCUUUAAUGUCAAAAUGUGUGAUUUUAACUAGAUUUAAGUGCUUAGAUUUCACGAUUACAUAUCCCAUAGUUAGUAAUUCUACCACCUCCUUUGUAAAACAUUGACUCUCCAGAUUUGAUUAAAAAUAGCAUAAAGACAACAUAUCAAAGGUUGAAAGUGACAUGUCAUUGAUUCUGGGGAACUUUUAUUCCCUUGCCAGAUUUUGUGCAAACAACACAUUUCAAAAAAAAGUUUGGACUGUGGCUACAGAAGAUUGGGAAAGUUGUGAAAGGCUUCAAUGAGGUCAUUUAGAACAGACAGACAUGAGAAGUGCAAAAGUUCUGUACGUUUGGAAAUAAUUACCCCAGCAUCCUAAGGGCUAAAGAGGAGAGGCACCAUCCAGUGUGUUAUCAGUGCUCAGUGUCUUUUUGCUUUUUUAAGUAAAUAUGGGGGUUUAAUGUAAAUCAUCAUAUUUGUUUUUAUGUACAUUUUACACAACCUACCAAAUAAAUACUUCAAGUGGCAUAGAAUGAUUUAAAACAAAGCCAAAUAGCAUGUAGGUUUCGGAUUCUGAUAGACUGGCACAAAACAUAUCUUAGAACAUGUUGGUCAACACGCCAUAUUUAGUUAUCCAAAUUACAAAAAUAAAAAUGUUGUGUUUUUUUUUUGUUUUUUUUAAGGAGUUGCACACCGGGAUAUUUCCUGGCCACGAGUUGUUGUUCUUAGAGUUCUGUUAACCGUGUUAAUGCUAACGUUGAACCGUCUGUUAGAGUUAGCUUCUAUACAAACGGCUAUGACAGCACUUUCUUUUUGCAACAAAAUAAAUGAAUAUAUGUACAUAUAUUUUUUUUUAUCCCUGAUAAAAAAUGUUUUUGAGUAGAAGUUGAGGGGUUUUUUUUGGUCUUGUGAAUCAUUUUUUUUCUUUUGUGAAUUUUAUGAGAAGUGCAAUUUCUUUGCAAAGCUGAUUUUGAUUAGUCUCGUCACAUGAAGCUCGUCUCAAGCAGCCAGCUCUAACGUUUUAAAUGAACUGGGUGUGUGAUGCAUUAUGGUUAAUUUCCUAUGCUUUCCUCCUGUCUGUAAGUCUUUGCUUUUAUUAAAUAAUGCUAUGAUAGCGGA